GAACGUAGCCUGUCCGUGCAGUAGAGUUUCCAUAUAAGAGCGCGCAUUGCAUUGGCAUAUUCUAAUGCCAGACGAGGAAAGACAGUUAAAGAAAGGAAAGCAGCUUCGUAGUUUCCAAUCCGUCCACCCCAAAUCCAACGUUCAAGAAGAAGAAGGAAGAGAGAGAAUUUAACCUCUUGGAAUCAAAGGGGGAAUCCGCGGACAGCAAGAGAACAGCAAAUAGCAUAUCAUCAUCGCCCCCACAGAGAGAAGGGAAAGGGUUGUCCCCGAUUUUCAUUCUGUCUAUCGACACUGUACUUUUUGAGAUCUUGGAAAAUCUGCCACCUCCAAAGGAGUUGCUGCUGCUGUUUUGAGUGCGUCCUCUUUUGUCUCAUUGCUGUGACAAGUCAUCAUGCUCUUGCCCAGAUUGUCAAGCCUGUGUCACUGCUACCAGAUUGGCCCAAGAAUAGCCUUCCAUAACGCUUUCAUCGACUAGCUCUAGCCCAGCCGUUGUCUGUAGUUACGAUUCAGAGCAUGCGGCUUUGGCUUGUAAUAGGUAUCUUGACAAGAUCGGAUUUGUUAUGUCAAAUUCCGGACCGCCAAAUAGCAGAGAUUUGGCAAACUCUGGAAAGCAUGCUUUCCUGCCUCCUAAAAGCCCAUUUCCCAGCCUUUCUCCUUCAUAUGUUGAUUAUAUUCCUAAUUCUUCAAUUGGAUUGAAAGCAGUGCAAAGGCCCGGAGACGGGUAUAGCCACCACCAACGAACGUCGUCUGAGAGUUUUCUCAUGGAGGAUCAACCCUCAUGGCUUGAUGAUUUACUUGAUGAGCCUGAAACUCCUGUACGUAGGGGAGGCCAUAGACGCUCAUCAAGUGACUCUUUUGCAUACAUAGAUGUAGCUAACUUUUCUAAUCUAGACUAUGCAGCUCAUAAUGAGCACAAGUACAGAAACGUGUUUUCAGUACCAUUUUGGGGAUCACAAGAAAUGGAUCAAAGAGGUGGUCAGCAUACAUAUUUUGUUGAUGAACAAAACCAUGCGAAGCAGAAGAAUAGGGUGGGGGAGUCUGCUCGCAUUGUUGCAACUCUUCCUGGUGGCCCACCUUCGCCUGGAGAUGAUGUUGCUACUCAAAAUUCUGCGCCAAUAUGCGUAUCCCAAGAAGUGGAGAAGAAUCCUUCUAUAGCAAAUGGAAAGCAAGACCAAGUUGAAUAUGUUACUUCCUCUGAAAGGAAAGAUGCUUCUCCUGCGAAGCCAUCUUCAAAUGAGACAGAUACUAAACGUGCAAAGCAGCAAUUCGCACAGCGUUCACGGGUCCGGAAACUUCAGUAUAUAGCCGAGCUGGAAAGGAAUGUGCAAGUUUUGCAGGUAGAAGGUUCUGGGGUCUCUGCUGAGAUUGAAUUUCUCAACCAGCAACACCUUAUCUUGAACAUGGAGAAUAAUGCCCUCAAACAACGGUUGGAAAGUUUAGCUCAAGAGCAGUUGAUCAAAUACUUUGAGCAUGAGGUUUUAGAGCGCGAAAUAGGAAGAUUGAGGGCUAUGUACCAGCAACAGCAGAAUCAACAACAGCAGCAGCAGCAGCAACCGUCUUCUGGGCAUCAACGCAGCAACAGCAAAGGCCUCGAUGCUCAGUUUGCAAACCUCUCGUUGAAACACAAGGAUGCUACUUCCGGGCAUGACUCUACGAGUGGCCCUCUUCAUACUUAGCUGCAUGUGACAUCUAUGGGUGAUGGUGCCAUCUUUGUCAGAGCCUCUGUUCCUUGUCUUCGCUUGUUAGCCUGUUUCAUUUCUUCUCUCUCACCUCUUCCCUUGGCAUAAUUGAUAUCUGGUGCGCCUGGUCAUCACUGCCGAUAGUCCCAUUGCCGGUAUGUGAUAUACCUGAGGUGGUUCUAGCCCUUCUUGUACGUUGCUGCUCACAUCUUAGAAUCUAUUUCCCAAGUGGUUUCUAGCCAUUAAGUUGUCAUUGGCCGACCACAACUCGAGGCAUUGGUAAUUUUUUUUUGUUUUGGGUCCUCUCCAGAGAAAGGCUGGGCAUUAAUUGGGAAUGCUUCGCGAGAAGAAGGUUUCUAUUUGAAUGUGUCAAUUGUUAUUAUUGCUCAAAUCGGUACGGCUCUAGUGUACAAAAUCUGAUGGUGCUCGAUGAACAUGUCUUUGAUGA